AUGGCUCCGUUCAAUGCUCGCGGUCGUACUCGGCUGGUGGGGUACGGUCUUUGCUUGGCUGCCACCUUGCUGAUUCACUCCCUCAGCUUUGUGCCAGCUCCGGGUUCGACGGCUCCGCCCCCUUCGCCUCGUGGAUCACACCAGGUUGCCGGGCUCGCAGCUGCAUCAUUGAUGACCAUGCCAACCGAAGCAUGGGCUAAAGGAGGUCAAUGGGGUCCUUUGGAAGGGAAGCUGUCCAGCUUGGUCCACCCAGUCAUCAUGGCCUCGUUGUUCUUUGCGACGCUGUAUGCUGGCUUCCUUGGAUGGCAAUGGCGUCAAACCCGCGAGAUGGGUGUUGAGCUCAGCGGCUUGCGGAAGCAACUGCCAAAGGAGGAGACUGAAGAAGAGUCGUCGGCCGUGAAGGCCUUGAAAGCACAGAUCAGCAAGUUGGACUCCGAGCGGAAGGAGAUGGUCAAGGCUGGUUACAAAGAUCAGCACUACACGGUGAGCUCCAUUCUUCUUGGCGGUGGCGUGUUCUUCACAUGCUACGGGGUGUUCAACACAUGGUUCCGGGCAGAGAAGCUUUUCCCGGGACCACACUUGUUUGCUGGCGCUGCAAUCGUUGUCCUGUGGGCACUGGCAGCAGCUUUGGUGCCUUACAUGGAGAAGGGCAACGACAGUGCUCGCAAUGCGCACAUUGCGCUUAACGGCGUCAACGUGCUACUUUUCGCGUGGCAGUUGCCAACUGGUUUCGAGAUUGCACAGAAAGUGUGGGGACUCGCCAUCCCAUGGAUCUGA